AUGAAGGAAACUUCACCUAGGGCCCUGGCAGAUCUAAUACGAGACAUAGUAUCGGAGGAAUUAGCAAGGCAUCUUGGAAAAUCUAUUAUUAGAGAGAUACAGACAGAGAAAUAUCCUUGGACCAGGGAGACACCAAGAUCACAGGAACCAGGCAGCAGUGAUCCUAUGGAAUUGCCUUGGAGCAAAGUUGUGGGGAGGAAAGCCAAAAGAGAAACAGGUAUAGCAAGCGGAAGCAAUAGUAAGAAGAAAAUAACAACGUCGGUCAGCACCAGUAAUACAACGAAGAAAAUAGGAGAUAACAGGAGAAUCCCCAAAACAGCAGCGGUUCAGAUAAAUUGUAGAGGAGAGGCAAGUUACGCAGAGACAAUGCGGACCGCUAAAUCUAACGUGGACAUAGACAUAUUAGGAAUUCAGGAAAUUAGACCAAGGAAAACCAGAAUGGGAGCCUUACUCCUGGAAAUACCAGGAGUAGACGCAGUAAAAAAGGCAAAUAUGUUGGCCGAUCGUCUGAAGGAGAUUCUUAAGGAACAGGAGAAUGUUCUUGUCUCUAGACCUGAAAUAACGGCAGAGAUAAGAAUCAGGGACCUAGAAGAAUUUGUAACAAAAGAAGACGUGACACAAGUCAUCUCUAAUAUAGGCAAAUGUUCAGGAGACAUGAUAAAAAUGGGCAAUAUUACUAAAGCUAUUAAUGGAUUAGGAACAAUAUAG